GAAGAAGAAGAAGAAGCAGUAGCAUUAUCAGUAGCAUUGGCAGUAGCAUUAGCAGUAGCAGAAGAAGAAGAAGAAAAUUCUUGUACCCGUCAGUUCCUCCUCACGACCUGUGGGUGGCAGCAGAGUGCCGGUCCGCCAUUAACCCCUACCGCAAAACUCAACAGAAGAAGUAAGGAGCCAUAAUAACCGAUGCAGGGAUAUGAGUUUACCUGAAUCCCUCUGACCUCCAGCGGCGACUGGCCACCCCCUCCCCCCCUCCGACAGCCAUCAAGUCAACAUGCAAGGAUUCUACUCCAAGCUCGACUCCUCCGCCUCCUCGUCCCCGCUGCUGGGGGCGGGCCUCGGGGCGGCCGGCGGCCCCGUGCCCCUCAGCCUGGCCGUGGAGACGGAGAAGGCCCAGGCCCUCCUGCAGACGUUCAGCUCCGCCUCGCUGCUGGCGUCCGCGGGCCUCGGCAUGUUCUGCGUGGCGGCGGACCACGCGCUGCAGCUGUCGGCCGUCCAGCACCACCUGUGGCUGCGCGCCGCCCUGGACAACGCCACGCACGGGCUGGUGGGGCUGUGGUCGUGGGCGGUGGUAAUCGGACUGAGGAAAAAGAGCGAUCUGUACGAGGUGCUGCUGGCCGGACUCCUGGCGUCGAUCAUUGACCUGGACCACUUCUACAUGGCGGGAUCACUGUCACUCAAGGCGGCGGUGUCCCUCCCCCAGCGUCCCCCCCUGCACUGCUCCUCCCUCAUCCCCGCGCUGUGCCUCUCCCUGCGCCUCCUCAUGUGGGUCGGCCGCCUCAAGGACGCCUGGUGCUCCCUGCCGUGGAUGAUCUUCGUCUCCAUGGCGACGCACCACGUGCGCGACGCCGCGCGCCACGGCCUGUGGGUGUGCCCAUUCGGCCACACGGCGCCGCUGCCCUACUGGCUGUACGUCAGCACCACGGCGACGCUGCCGCACCUGUGCUCGGUGCUCAUGUACCUGACGGGCACCCGGGACGUGAUCUCCACCAAACACGGGGUGGCCAUCGACGUCUAGACUCCCCGCUGACGAUCUGGUACCGAUCAAAAAAAAAUUAUUCGAAGCUGUGCGAAACAAACUCUUACAUACUUGAAAUUACUGGAGAAUUCAUUUGUGAGGUAUAAGCACUUGAAAGAUGUUUUGUGGAAGGAUAAAACAAUUCGGAAUCCAGAUUUGUUUCCAGUCUCAAGGAUGAAGAAACACUCCGAAGAAAAACAAAAACUCUUGCAAUGUAAAAGAAAAAUUUCCUUGGUUGCAAACAUCUUUAAAAAUGACGAAUUACCUUUUCAAAAAAGAAAACUUUUCUCCCAAUAACAAGGAAAUAAAUAAGGAAGCUGUCGAGUGCUGCUGAUCUCUAAUAACUUGUCUUAAUCGUUUUUUUGCGAGUGACCUUUAAAGCCUCGACACUCGCCCGCUGUCGUCUGCUCAUCUUACCCAAACACACACACACACAGGAGGGGCCCGGGACUUGACGUCAUACACUAAACUUUUAAAAUGUCCCCCAUCAUUUCUCGGCCCCUGAACUCGUAUCACCUUCACCACUCUCCCGCCCCCUCGUCCUCCUAACUCAAGGAUUAAGUCAACCAAAGGUCAACCACAGGGCUGCAGGGGUCACUGUCACCCUGCAGUGCAACAGUAAAAACACUUAUCCCACUGUGCAUCCACAACUGUUCAUCUGCCAUAGUAGUGACAUUUAACAUGUUGUGCAUCGAUGUUUGAACCUCAACCACAUUCCAGUGACAGAUGGGAAAAUUAACCACUGCAAAAAUAUCAUGUUUUCCCCUCAGAAGCCAGUUUCUGCACAUCAGGAGUUGCAGUAGUUGGUUUUUCGGUGCCAAAACGAUUGGUGGAGUUUAUUAACGUAGUGAAACCAGAAAACAAUCAUUGUGUUAUGUGCAUUUACAUAUUUGGCUCACUUGUUUGAAAGUGUGACUUUUAGUUUUAACACCAACCACGGGAAAGAAUAAGGGAAAUUAAAAACUAGAAAGUAGAAAGUGUAUUUAUUUGAAACAUUCAUUUGUACAAUAGUAGUAUCUUAAUAAUAUUACCUGUUAACUUUAGCUGUAUGUGUCCUAUUGAAUUUUUUUUUUUUUAAUAUGCUACUGUACUUAAAUGAAACUGAACAGUACGUGUUGAAAUUCUCAUUCGGCUAUUGAAUUUGCAGAGAGAUGUGUUAUAUCAUACAUCAAUAUUCUACUACACUGACACAGUUUUAGAUGUAGACUGAUCACACACACACACACACACACACAUUCCUUUUUUCACCAUUGUUCAUACUGUGUUUUAACCGAUGCAUAUUAAUAAUAAUUAUAUGUUGUAAUAGGGUGUAUAUUUAAUGGGUUCUAGAGAUGUGUUUGAAUAUAACGGAUAUGAUUGCGUUAUAAAAGGGAAUGAGGACGUUGUAAUGGUCGGCAUCUUUUUUAUUUUUCAACUGGGACAGACUUUUUAUUCUAUGCUGAAAAAUGUUCCACUGUUCCCCAAUUUCCCAAAAAUAAUUAUAUUUUUUCUUGUGAAGCCGUUGCUUGGUGAUCAAAGUUGUAGUGGUGGUCGUUGUCCACUAGGUGGCCGCAGUGAGCUGUAGUGAUUCACAAUUACUUCACCUUUCGAUAACUUUUUCUUUUUCUUUCUGUGAAGUGACGUGGAUGUUGGAGUCAGAGCUUAAAAAAAGUUUUGGAGAGAAAUUAAAAAAUAAUUAUUGUUCUGGUAUUUUUUCAGGUUUUAUUUUAUUUUUGUUACACAAAGGAUUAAUGUUACAAAAAGUUUGUGCAACACUGAAGUAAUGCAAAACAAGUUUUCACCAAAACAACUUUUAAUCACCGGUGUCAUUGUCACUGUCAGCGAAUCAUAAUCUCUCUCUCUCUCACUGCUGCUGAUGUUUACCAUGUGACCUCCAUUUAUUAUGUUGAAUUUUGCACAUUUUAUUUUUGUUGAAAUUCUGGUUCUGAUUUGUCUUGCACUUUUGUUUUUCAAUUUGAAGAGGGUAAAGAUAGUACAUGAUUCCAUGUAGUGUUCUUUUUCUCUCAAUAAAAACUAUCAUGUAUAUA